AUGAAAACCCCAUAUAUCGACCCUCGCAACUUCAGUAUUCUCGUGCAGGAUACAUUCUUGCUACCCAAGCUUCCAGAGGAGAACAAUGACGCUCCUUUUGUGCAGGACUUGCCAAAACUGCUCAUCUUCGCUCUCGAGAAAGCUCAGAUGCUUCUCUCCGCAGAUUCCAAGACACCGACACGCAACUGGCCCCGAAUCGUCCACAACUUUAUCGACGCCAGAUCCAGUGGAAAAAUUAGUGAAGAGAACCUUCUUAAGCUUCUCAAUGAGAAAAACCCUGAACCCAUCCCUCUCUACCUACCGCAUCAUAAUGCUGGCAUCAUCAUUCACUGGGCGGAUCGCCGCAUCGAAGCAUUUCAAUUGUCUCCGCGAGUGCAAGCUGUCAUAGCAACAACAGGGAGACUACGACGAAAGUUUCCUGAGAUUAGUGUCGCAAUCGAUGAGGAUACCGCCAGCCAAGAAGGAUUUCUGCAGGUCCUCGCCGAAACAUUUGCCGAGCUGGACAAGCGUGAAGUAGCUGGAGUAAAGCCUACCAGAAAUACCAAAGGCAAGACGACUGAGCAGACAUUUGAUGCGACUCUACCAAACCACAUCUUUGACCCAUUCUUCGCUUGGCUGUUCUCCGAGCAAUCCACGUCGACCGACGCGCACGAAGAUAAAAGUAUCGUGAAGAAUACUCGUGAUUAUGUCCUAGUCACGGAAACGGAGUCUGCGACCAUCAGACGAUCGCCAGUCUGGCUUCUGUUCAAAGUAGUGCUUCAACAAGAGCUGUGCGCCCACGGGCCGUCGCCCGACCACACAGUGUACAAGCAAUUCAUGCUGGUUUUCUUCUCCUCACUUAUUCGAGUUGCAUGUGACCGCGGAUUGGAUAGCGACAUGAUUCAACUCAUGAGACGAAAAAUUGGCCACCGAACUAUGAAACUCGAGGCCAAGUUUCACGAUGAGGGAGCAGGUCAAUUAAUGGGAUAUGUCCAUGCUGCCGUGGAAAAAGCCGAUACGCUGCUACGGUCCAGACUCGAUGCGCUUGUGCAACAUGAGCGCGACAAAAUACCGAAGAGAAUAAAUCCGUUUUAUUUCGAUGCAGCCAUGGGCAAGGUCAAGCUCCCAGACUUGGAUUCGUUUUUGUCUAAAGCCCAUAAAGGCAAGCUGUCUGCUCCGAAACCAGUUUGCGAUCCCAAGUCAGACACCCAAGUAUGGGAUCAAGACAAAAUGCCGAAUGUUCUGAAAAUUGGAGGCGGUUCAGCAGCAGAAAACAUUCACGACUACAUUCUGGUGGAGUAUUGGGUGGAAGAUUACCUCGACUCGUACAUCGAGAAGCACGAAACAGAUUCUUUAUGCAGCUCAAUAAGAACCUUGGCCGUCAAUUAUUUCGAAAGAGCCAGUGUCGCGUACAAGAAUCAUCCCUAUCAUCUAUCAGUCAUGAUCCUGACCCUACUGGAGCUAUGGGUAGCAUGCGACAAAGUCGCCGUCGGCCGCAAUCCACUGCUGAGCGAAUACGCACCUCUGGGCAUCGAAAACGUGAACUGGGACGGCCUGCUUUUGCGAACCGCAAAAGACAGACGGCGCCUUGGGCAAGCAGAGGACUAUAUUGCCAAGCGAGCCUCCAGCAAGACGAGUAUGAUUGCCGAGUACGGCGGCCCCGGUUGCUUCGCGUCUCGCUUUGCGCAGGAGAGCGCACUUCACCAUGACCUCAUGGUACGCAUGAAAGCUUCAGCAGAGAAGGAUGAGCAGAAAAAGGCGGCUGAGCUGAAUAAAGAGAAAAAGAGGCAAAAGAUGCUUUUGGAUAACCACGCAAGCACACAUUGUGAUCCGACUGUUUGCACGGUAGGAACUUCAAACCUUCUCUGCACGCGUUGCAACAAUCUUGCGGCUGCUCGUGAGAUCCAAAUCCGGCCCUACUACAAGAUACUCCCGGAUGCGACCGACGCGGCUCACGCCCUUGUUUUUGAGCUUCAAGUGCCUGGAGACAUUGCAGCUUGGCGCGACUUUUGCUUCUUUCUUCAACUUGAUGUCGCAGGCCACGAAAUCGAGAGAAACGUACAGGUAAACCAAUCAUACCUCAAGAACUGCGAGCCAUAUGUGCAAUACUACAAGGUAUAUGGGUUGGAAACCAAUAGCAGAAUCUGCCUCGCGUCGAAGCCGGUCCUUGAAGGCGCCGGCCCCAAGCCAGUCCAGCAAAAUACCACAGUGGAGGAACUUAUCAAGCCAUGUCGCAUGAAGUGGAAGUUAUUUGACUGUGUUGAGCACAAGUUCCUUGGCACUGUUCGUGCAGGAUGGGCUAUUGCCGACAUGUGCAGAAUGAAGCUUGACGACCAGAACCAUAUCCUGCAAAAGUUCCUCGAGAUGGAUGCUGAGAAAGGCAUGAACCCCAACGAGCUCAUACCUUUACGAGACGAAGAAAAAGAUACUUCGCGAAUCAAGCAUAAUGAGGAGCUCGCAUCUCUAUGCUUUGGAGAUAACGUGACAUGGCCAAAGAUAUUGCACAGCCUGCGCGGGUCGUCCAUCGACUGGAAAGCCUCUGAGACAUUUUUAUUCAUAUCUCAGGCAGUCUUGCAGGCCAGCCCAGGAAACGGAAGAGACAACCUGAGACAGCGACAUGCGCAGCUGGGCGACGCUUCAUUUGCUGAAAAACUCCUGAGUGAAGUUGAGCGGCAGCUGCAGUUUUAUACGACUAGCUUCUCGGGACGCGUGGCCAUUGCGGUGUUCUGCACCAUAGCCAUCAAGUUUAUUGCCGACGGACCCAAUAUAUCCCAAAAGCAAGAAUACGCCAUUCUUUCUCGAAGCCGCGAAGCCUGCUUUAGAUGGAUGCAGCAGAUUCGACCGUUGGUUCACGACUCCACCUCGGAGAUGCACGAGACGCAGUUGGAGCUCGCGUUGAUUUACGUGCAUACAUUGAACCUUGACAACGGGCGCUUGAAGCCAAUACUGCGAGACAUCACAGUGGCGGAGGGAUAUGUCCUUGCCAGUACCAUCAUACAGGAAAGCAAAAGCUACAUCGCAACCACGUUCCAGAGGUCACUCUACUCUUCUUGGCUACGACUUGCUGCCAAUGCAUCUCAGAUCUUGGGUGGGAUGGUGAGAGACGGAAAUGGAUAUGGUAUCUCCAAUGGAGUAUACUAUAGCCUUGGACAGCCGCUCUCCAUCCGGUUAGCUACGGAGCGAUGCGAGAUGGUCGCUGGCUCCUGGAUGAAGACCCAUCUGAUCCUUCUGGAUGGGACAAUUGGCCAGACUAUCCAUUUCAACCUCAUGUCGGCCGAGCUUCUGAUUGAUGGUAAAAGCCCAAGACACUUAUCGGAUACCUUCACAGAGCACGCAGAUUUUAUUGCUCUCUUCGGGUCCCUAGGCCCUGCUGUCACUCCUACCGCCGACCCACGAUAUGAGUACAGAUUUAAGCAGCCUUUCAAAGGAUUUACGAUUGAAGUUGGACUCGAAAUGAUUACUUCGGAUCAAGACGAUGAGCGCCGCGAUUACGACUUACAUGUGCGGGCAAGCAAAGACGGCACAGUGCAUGUACUGAUCCCUCGACGAGUUCUAUCCGGGCCGCAAUUUCAAUUUCCGUCACGAUAUCUGGAUGAAUACCUUCAUUGGUCUACUCUCGGCCAAACUCGCGACGAAGUCGACUUUUAUUCGACUCAAGACCCUUGGGAUCGUUGCUCACUCUCUUGGCGCCUGAACGAAGAAGAAGGCGGAUGGCUACUGAAGGACCAUAAGCAAGACCGCAUCGUGCUCCCGAUCGAGUUGGAAUACCACCAAAGAUUCUUCCAAAUGUUCAAGUAUUUCAUCAUGGAAAAAGAUUUCACCGUCAUCUUGAACGCCAAAAAGAGGAAUUUGGAGAUACAUCUGCGCAGCCUUGGACUGAACUUUUUCGUCCCAGAUGGAUCCUCAGCAAUACACUCCGUGGAGCAUGAGAACAUGUGCGUCAGCCAUGACUACCGGCCUGACACCUUGCUCGGCUGCCGUUCGACUCUCGUUUUAUACAACCAACUGAAUACCUCAAGCCGAAUCGUACUGGUCCCGGACGGCGAAGUGGAAUACAGCCGCAGCAAAAGCCACAUGAGGGUCCAGGUAGGCAUCAAGGCAGACACCAUGGUCCACGUGUAUCAGGUCGAUGAGCUCCUGAGGCAGCUGAAGCCGGAUCAUACAUGGAGGAGCAAGGCGUACUUGGCUUAUCUGUCUGCACUCACGUCAUAUUGCUUGCCAGAUCCUUUCACGGGUAAGACAGGGCAGGAGACCGCGCUCGACAUCCUCCAGUCAGGGGCGCUCACGUCAUUUUUCGCUCUCAGCGUCGAAGACUACGACCUUGUGAACAAGAUCAGCAAGCUUGCCCCUGAGAGAAAGCUGGCUAAAAAGUCGCGGGGGAGUCUUCCCAUGAUAGAAUGGGAUCCCAAUUUGCGUGUGGCAUCGCACCAUGAAUGCUACUGGUUUGCAGCUCAAAAAAUCCUGGACAGCGCAGAGAUAUCCGAGAUAUUCAAGCGCACGUCUACAAUGGAGAGGCGGAUUUAUCCUGAGUCGGUGAAGAAACUAAGGGUAGCCGACGCGGCACGCUUUGCUUGCUUUCGCACUCAGCGGUAUGGAGCUGAGCAGUCAUCCGAUGACGCAGUUUACUACUUUCGAAUGCCAACGACCAAAAAGGAGCUCAAAGAAGCAAAAGGUCAGAUGAAAUAUUGCCAGUCCGACGGCUUCCGGAGAUCGUACUUUGCGUCGCUGGGUGCAAAACAAUGCCAACUGUUCAACAGCGGAGUACCCGCUACAUCUGACAUUUGGAGAAGUGUGGCCAAGGGAGGCAUCACCAAAGGAGCAACAAGACACUACGACGCGGAAAAGCUCAGAUAUUCCGCUGGUAUGCUCGGCAAGGAAGAGAACACGCUAGAAGCGGACUUUUGCUCAGUUCACGACGCCCUCAGUCGGCUGAGAGAGAACCUCAACCCCUACCGCGUGCGAUUGUGGCUGGCCACUGUCGCAUCUGGUAUGAGCAAGGAGUCGGCCACUAACCUGGUUCCCGUUCUCUCGGCCAUCUGGCUAGGAAAAGUACCAUCAUCAGUCGAGAUUCCGACAAGUACAAACACCGGUGCUAACGAUGGUAAUGAGGUCAACAAGGACAAGAUUAUUGAGGCACUGGAAGGAGCGAAACGUGAAUUCAACAGCGACAAAAUGGACAUUGAUGAUUCCGAUGGAGAGGACGAAGAAGACGAAGAGGACGGAAAAGAAAGUGCAGAGGACAUGUUUCUUCGAGAGCAAGACGAGGCUAUUGAAGCCCUGGCGAAGCAGAUCGGGGAGAAGAGUUUGAUGAACCUGACGGAAUACAGCUCUUACUUACACGUAAAACGAGCAGAAGACGCCAUCGAAAACCUGAUCAAAAAUGUCCGUCUCAAUCAAACAUACACAAACUACUUUGAGCAUCUUUCAACAGCUGCUGGUGUCUUGCCACAGGUCCCAAAAAGUGUUCCGGGUCUGCUGUUCAUCUCGCCGACCCAGGACGGCGAGCACAAGCGUGGAUAUAUCACCAUGGAUGCAAUCAUGGCGCAACAUCCGAUGCAAUUUGCAACCGAGGAUGGAUGGAGAAACGAAUUCAUCGAUCGGAUCAAGAAGCACGUUCGAAUGGGCAAGCAUAGCCUACAGCCUGCUCUGCGUAGCCUAAUACAAAGACUUCAAGGCACAGCUAACAAGCAGCACGAAGAGGAUUACUCCGAGAGACUGCUCGAUAGCGCAACAGCUCUGAAAAACCACCAAUGCAUGGAAUAUUUAAUCCCCGAUUUCGGGCAGAUUGCGUCUUCGGCAGAGGACUGCAGGUCCGAGAUUUUGGAAAGACUGAAAGCUCGACUGGAGCAGGCAAACGCUGCCGCCCGUGAAGUCGCCUCUCUGGAUUCCACCUUUUCGGAGAUUGUGAAAUACACAGACAUUUUCCCGCGCGUUUCACUCAAACUUUUCCUGCAGCUGCUCUCUUUUUCAAACCGAUCAACUACGACCGAGCAGUGGUUGCCCCUACUCCGGCAAAUCGCUGUCCUCUGUCGCGACCUACUGCAUGUGGACAGAAUCUUGAGAGCCUGCAAGAAUAAAAGAGACGUAUUGAGUGAAAUCAAGACAAUUGACAGAUACAGCUACGAAGAUUCGGCAUUUUCUGAUGCCACGCUUUUCGAAAUCAGCAACGACAUCUGCGUCCGAGCCAAUCAGCUGGAAAUUAUGCACCAAAUGAAAGACCCUCCAAACGGCGAAAACUCCGUCAUGCAGCUGAACAUGGGAGAAGGCAAAUCUUCUGUCAUUAUUCCGAUAUUGAGCGCCUCCUUGGCCCGAGGCAGCGAGCUCGUCCGAGUUUUCGUGGGCAAGCACCAGUCCAUGCAAAUGAUUGACACGAUGACUGCAGCCAUGGGCGGACUGAUCGAUCGCCCUGUCUUCUACAUGCCGUUCAACAGAGAGUCUAGGCUCAGUAACAGUGAGAUUGGAAAGCUCCAGUUAGCUUUCGUCCGCUGUGCCAAGGCAGGCGGUGUGCUCCUCCUUCAGCCUGAGCAUCACUUGUCGCUGCUUCUCUCCACUUGUCUAAACGAGGACGUCAGAGAAACAAAAAAUUACAUUGGACUCUUGAAGUAUAUCAAUUCAAACUCCCGAGACAUUAUUGAUGAGUGCGAUGAGAUCUUGUCGCCGACGUAUGAGCUGAUUUACACCAUUGGCAAUUCGGGGCCAGUCGACUUUGCGCCCGACCGAUGGACUAUUUUGCAGAGUAUCCUUGGACUGGUUGUCGAUUACAGCAACCCAAAAGCUGGUGUGGCUACCGAAAAAGAGGUCAUCUUUCAAAGCAAGAUGAAUCGGUCUGAUGCAUAUCCAACAAUCCGCUUUCUGACGCUGGAUGGCCUGAAAAAGGUGCUCACCGGUGUGGCACGCAAGUUUGUCUGCGAUGGCAUCACGGGAUUCCCUAUCGGUCGUUACUCUGGUACAGAGAAAAGCGCCAUUCUGAAGUUUAUCACAGAAAAGAAGCCCGAAGCAAAGUAUGUGAAGAAGGUGGAAAGAUUCGGCAGCGCUGCCAAGUCAGCAAUCGCUCUAGUGAGAGGCUGCAUUACCGGCGAUCUGAUUCGCGCCGCUUUGGUGCAAAAGCGAUUUAGAGUCGGCUACGGCCACGAUUUCGUCCGAUCGCCCAGCACGCGCCUCGCCGUCCCAUUUGCAGCCAAGGACGUACCGAAGCCACGCUCCGAAUUCAGCAACGUCGACAUUGUGAUCUUGUUCUCGCAGCUCUCCUACUACCACAGCGGGCUACGGGAACAAGACGUCCGCGAGCUGGUGAAAUAUGUCUCUUCGACUGACGACGGCCGCGAGGUGUACAAGUCUUGGUUUAACGAAAGAUCGAAAAUGCCAAACUCGCUGACAGCCUUGGCAAGCGUCAACCUGCAGGACGAUCGGCAAUUUCACAACGACUUUUUCCCCAACAUCACCCACUCUAUGAAGGCAAUCAAUUACUUUUUGAGUCGCAUCGUGUUUCCAAGAGAGCUUGGCGCUUUCAGCCAACACAUGUCGGCCUCCGGGUGGGAUCUGGGCGUGGAGAAGCAUUAUCCCACGACUGGAUUCAGUGGCACGACUGACCUGUGCGCGCUGUUGCCGCUGGGCAUGAAGCAGCACGAUCUUCCGAGUCAAAAGCAUACAAACGCGCUCGUAAUCAACAACAUGCUGGACAGCAAGAACAAGGUCGUCUCCAUGCACUCAAAGUUUACCACGCGGUCUUCCAAUGGCUCUGAUUUGAUCCACGAUGUAAUCGGUGCGGGUCAAUUCCGCGUGCUACUUGACGCGGGUGCUCAGAUCAUCAAAUACAGCAAUCAGCAAGUGGCGGAGGAGUGGCUGAAGCAAACAAAGGACGAAGGCAUUGAAGCUGUCAUCUUUUUCGAUGAUUCCAAUCAGCUCUCAGUCAUCGAUCGCAAAAAGGCCAUUAAGCCUCUCAACGUGUCUACGUAUGCAAAGAAGCUCGACGCCUGCGCUGUGUUUCUCGACGAGGCGCACACCCGAGGAACGGACUUGCGACUUCCACGUCAUUACAAAGCUGCUGUAACCCUCGGAGCAGGCCGGACAAAGGAUGCUUUAGCCCAAACUUGCAUGCGCAUGCGAAAUCUAGGAAAUGGGCAGUCUCUGACAUUUUAUGUCAGCUUCGAGGUUGAAAGCGACAUAAGAAAUCAUCUAGCCCUUGCAAAAGAGAAGCCGCUUGCUACAGAGCAUAUUAUUGUAUGGUCCAUCGCCCAAACCUGGGCGGGUCUCCAGCGGCAGAUGCCGUACUGGGCCAAGCAAGGCGAGAGACACAUGGAGCAGAACCCCAAGACAAAAGUCGCCGACAAUACAGGGUCUGCCAAGAAUUCAGAAGGCUACCGAAGAAUCAAAGAGAGAUGCGAGCGAUUCGGCUGCUCGCCCACUGCCAGUGAGGAGGACCUCGACGAGACAUGCGAGCGCGAAGUGGCGCCCGAGGUGGAGGAUGAGAAGCAAGUGUCGAAACCAGCCAAGCCAGCAGCCAGAGAUGAUGAACAAGAGAACACAGCUCUAGAGGCAUUCAUUGGCGGGGUUAAUGUCAAGAAAAGCGACAUCUCUCUCUCUUUCGAAUACGCAUUCGAGUCGCUCAAGACGACAACGCUGAGUUCCAUGCCCGAGAGGCAGCGAUUCCCACGCAACCUACUUGUGACGAGAGACUUUGCCCGCACCCUUCGAGACAUCAAAUCGACCGACAAAUACCAGCGAAGCGUGGUAUGCGUCCUUUAUAUCAAGCCGCAUCUCGUAAAGGAAGAGAAGCAGCAGAGAGCCAUCAUCAUCAGCGAGGCCGAGGCAGACCACUACUGGGAUCGAAUCGCAAAGUCCAACUCGGUCAGCAUUCACUACUACAAUGCCAAGACGUCGAGCGACGACGCUCGUCAAGCCGAGUACAUGACAUACCCCAUGAGCCCCAGGCAGACGCUCACCUACCCGACCGCGACGCGCAUCGCGCUCGACCUUUUCGCCGGGCAGCUCUACUUUACCUGCCUGGAGGAGUACCGCGAGGUUUCAAGCUUCCUGGGGCUCGCCUACUUCCCGGACGUCGACGGCAUCGAGGUCCAGACGGACGGCUUCAUCCCGCCGGCGGAUCGUCACAAGAUCAAGCCAUGCCACCUCGGCCGGACGCGCUUCUGGGACACGUUCCGGACCAGCCCCGUGCCGUUCCUCAAAAAGUUUCUCUGCGUGGUGCGCAACCACGGCGCGAGCAUCGAGGGCACGCACAUGGGCCGCAUCCUCAACGGCGAGCGCCUCGACGUUUGCGACUUCAAGGAGGACGCCAAGCGCGGCCGACCGCCUCCUGCUGAGGACGAGCUGGCGAAGCAGGCGCCGCCAAAGAAGAAGGCGCGGCUCAUGAACAAGGCGCAAAAGGAGGCGGGAAUGAAGAAGAGGAACGAGGGGCCUUCGACGAAGAAGCAGGCAAGGGAAAGAGAGACGAGAGCGAAUGCAGCAACGACGAGAGCGGCACGACCGGCGCCGCCACAGAGCGGGGAAGACAGGGAGAAGAGCAAAAAUCUGCAGGAGAUGAAGGACUUGUUCCUAAAGAGGAGAAAGUAG